AGAAUCUCAAUACUGUACAGUACAACAGUACGUGAGUGAGUAUCACGAAGCUGAGGUCCCGCCGUCAGUCUCACAGCAACCUCUCACUUCCUCACAAGAAUACUUGGAGCUGCACAAACGGGAAAGCGACAUCUAAUAUGGCUCUAUUGUUGAUAUAUCCUGCUAUCACAGUUCUUGCACUAUUUGUCAUGAUGGUGAUCCUCCUGAUCCUACGAUUUGGCUACCUCUGUAAGCUACGCCACACUACAUUUGCAGAAUCUGAAUACUGGAAUGAAGAAGUGGCUUAUGAGCAGAAAGUUUCUUAUGCUUAGAGAAAGCUAUACCAGCGAAUGAAUCUUCUCCGUCCAUUUUAUGCAUUAUUUAUAAGAUUUUUAUACUUUUGUCUUUUCUAAACAUUUAUUUUUGCAAUUAUAUGGCAAUUAAUCUCUAAGUUAUAACAUAAGAGUAGUUUAAGGAUAAAUUGGAUUGUAUUAUUAUGAAGAAUUAAACAAAGUUUUAUUUGAAAUGGACUAGGUAUUUGACUAAGUUUUAAAAACUGGCCUGAAAUGUUGGAAAGCAUUAAAAAGGAAUUACAAAUUUAAGACUGAAUAUGCAGUUAAAGAUUAGUGCCUUAUUGUUUUUUAUAUCGCAACAACACACUGCUACUUAUAUUAAUGUAGUUAGAGAGUAAAAAUUCACUUCAUUAAAUUUGUUAUUGACUUGUUUUAUACUGCUAUGUCAUUCACUAAUAUCUUGUGCCAGUGACAAAACUGAAAUAAUAGUAAAUACAGAAUUUGAUAAUUUAUAAAUUCAGCUAAAUGUACCUUGUGUAUUUUACUGGUGUGUUUAUUUAUUCAUCAUAUAAUUUGAGGUCACAACAGACAUAAUCUAAACUAUCAAAAGAUUUUAAUUACUGGUUCAAAUACAAACUAGAAAUAUUAUAAAAACUGAGUUUGCGAAAGUGUAUAGCAGCAUUGCAUAAUGUAUGGCAGAGAACCAAGUUACUCAAUAUUGUCUGUGUGACCACACUUCAUGCCUGUUAGAUUCGUCCUAGAUAUUAUUUUUAAAUGGACCUUAAUUGUAUUUUGUCCUAGAAUGAAUCUCUUAUUAAAUCUUAUUUUAUAAUAA